UCUAGGUCCGUGUGCACAGGGCAAGGAGGAAAUACCGAAGUAUUUUUUUUUUCAGUGCUAGCGUCAAAUUGUUAGUUGUCCGCUGCGAGUUUCACUUUAGUGUCAUAUACCGAGUGGAAUCCCCUGAUACACGGUGAGCUGUCUUCACCCUGCCUGCACCGGGCGGCAGGAGACCAGAACCCCGGCGCAACGUUAGCUUCCCGGCGCUGUAGCCACUUAAUAACACAAAGUUAAAGUUAGCUAGCAUCAAGUUAGCGGCGCUACGUGGUGGUUGCUGUGCCGCGGAUCUGAUGCUAAGCUACACGGCUAGCUGAGGCCAACACGUCGGACAUCGUCCAGCUUCGAGAUGCUCGCCGAUUAAAUUCAAACGGGGAUUUCCUUGCUAGUCUGAGCUAGCACUGUCAGCUAACGCUAGCUACCUGCCUGGAUACACGGCUUCGGUCCAGCCAUGGCAGAUGAAAAUACACAGUUCUGCGGCAAUUGCAAACACGACAUUCCAGAGGGUAAUUUCACCACCCAUGAGAUCCACUGUCAGAGGAACAUCGCCCUGUGUGGGUUGUGUCAGGAGCCAGUGCCCCGGGCCGAUCUGCAGGAUCACAUGCAGCAGGAACACACACAGAUUACAUGCAAGUGCGGUUUGAAGAUUGAGAAGAAUCGUUUUGACGUUCACCAGAGCUCUGAGUGUUCUCAGCGUCUUGUCCCGUGCCAAUUCUGUGAACUGGAGCUCGUUUUCAGUCAGUCCAAAGAGCACGAAGAUUAUUGCGGAACCCGCACUGAGCCCUGCCCAAACUGCAAGUGCAAUGUGAUGUUGAGGGAGCAAGCUGUGCAUCCAGUCUUAUGUGGAAGCCUCACACCGCCCCAAGAGAGGAACAACAGCAGCAGGAUGAGUCGCAGUCCACUUGAGCCGCCGUCCCAAGGGACAUGGUUUGAAGCCCACUCCAUCCGAAACAUCAUAAAAGCCCAAGAAAAAGGCUCCAAGAAUAACAACGUCAGUGCGGCAGAACAACCCGCCUUCCCCCGUAUGUUUGAUCCCAGUGCGCACAACCUUACGAGGGGACCUCAAAGCACAGACGACUGGGAGAAUGCUUCACAGAGAAACACAUUUAGUCACAUGCUGGGGCAGAGAGCUUUUCAGAACAGCAGCUCCACGUGGCACCAUGUUGAUCAGACACGUGACGUGGACUCAUCAGGCCUGGACUACAUGUUGGCUCUCAGCCUGCAGAGUGAUGGAGAGUCAGUGGCCGGAGGUAUAGACAGCAACCUGUGGAGUGAUAUCUGGGAUCACAAGACAUCUAACACCUCAGUGAACUCUGCACUCUCUCUGCCCAACAACAACUACCCGCACUUCACUACAGGGACGAGCACAAGUACAGUACAGGACCACGAUCAAACAGAUGCCUUGCUGCCUUGUGAGUUUUGUGAGGAGCUGUUUCGAGAGGAGGACCUCAUUUUGCAUCAGACUGGCUGCAGCCCCGCCUCCGCUUUUGCGUCUUUCAGCAAGCAUCCCACCUCUCCGCCCAAAGAGGACAGGAUGAGCAGGAAUGCCUCGGGACUGAUUCACAGCCACCCGAACUCCCUCGCUUCAAACAUCCCCACUUUCGCCCGGUCCAUCUCCCCUGCCUCUUACAGCCCUCCAGCCAGUCCACUAGAGGGCGAUGUGGUCAUUCCAUGUGAAUUCUGUGGCGUUGUUCUAGAGGAGGCUAUCGUUUUUCACCAUCAGGACAAAUGUGACAUGCGCCCUCAAACUUCUCAUCCACUGAAUAACAUAACAAAAGCCUCCAUCAGAAAACCACUGAGCCCUGAUAAAUACGCCUUUGGGCAGACGUCUCCAGAUCAGAGAGAAAAGCACCAAGCUGACUUCUUGGCUGAGGACUUUGGAUUCAACCGAGAUGCCGCACCGGGAAACACACCAAGGGAUUGGCAGAGAGGCUUCAUCGGACUGCCGAGUCAAAGCAAAGCGUCCAACAGUGAAGCUUUAGUGAAGAACAGACCUUGGCAGAGCAGGGAAGCAGAAGGGGCUCAAUCAUCUUUCUGUGACUUUGACCCCUCAGCCUCGACAUCUUUUAAGGGACCUCAUCCUCCAGAAAAUAACGAAGGGAGAGGCAACAGAAGUAAUCCAGUGACAAAGUUGCCCAAGAAGCAGAAUGAAGAGCAGCAGGACGAGUGAGAGCAGGAACAUGUGGAGAAAGAGUAAAACCAAAUCUCCUACUCUGUUUUCCGUGAAUCUCUUUGCACACUUGUGAAAAUCAAACAUAUGUAUCUGAUAAGUGCCUGUGUGAGUAUUGGUAUCAUGUAGUUUUAUUAAAGUCGGAGAAGGCAAUUUGGGUUUUAUUCACGCAUAUUCUGCUUUAUUUCCAAAUUUCUUUCAAAUGUUUGUAUGUCUAACAAUAAGCUAAACUGAAUUUUACCCACAGUAAACUUUGAUUUGAUUUUAACUGUACACAGCAUGGCUCUACGAACACAGAGGACAUCCAACACGGUCACAUGACUUUGUGGGAUUGCGUUUGACUUAAUCUUUACUUUGUUACUUCAGCCAAGGACAUGUUGUUUCCACCCGUGUUGGCCUGUUCUCUGGGCAUCUCUCUGUGUUCCUGUUGGCGUCUGCAUCUCUUUGUAACCUGAAGCACUUUGAUAGAUUAUUUUGUUAAAAAGGGCUUACGGAACAGAUUUGAUAAUAUUAUGCAUCUUUGACCAAGAAAAAAACGUUAACUGUAUUAUUUAACAAUUUUUUUUUUAUAUUGAGAAAGAUUUGUCUUUAAUACUCUUCAGUCAUAUUUUAAAUCAUAUCUAUAGAACUGUAGGCGUUGUGUUAUGAUGAUUGGCUUAUGAAGCAAUGUAUCCUGUCCCACCUUCUUUUAAGUAGCUUGUAUAAAUGUUGUGUGUUGUUCCUUUAAUUAUGAUUUAAGAUUAAUAAUAUGUGUUUUAUUCGUCCUCUUUAGAAAGACGUAUCAAAUAGACAGCAUUGUGCCAUUGACAGUUGAGUCUGCAAGCUUCCCCUCUAAUGAAAGACAGCAUCAGAGUUAAAUGGCAUCUGAUCGAGUAGACCGAGUAGAGAGCAGCAACUAAUCAGUGAACUCAUCUGGUGGGGGUCGGCUAUUAAAUGAAAUGACGAGCUGACCUGUUAAAGAACAACUGUCUUCUCUUUGUCUUGUACGGAUAUUAAAUGUUUUAAUAAUGUC